UACUCAGGUCCUCCAAUUUCUCCUUUUUUUUUUCUUUUUUAAUUUUUAAUCAAUAAUCACAUGAUAAUAGCAGUAAAUCCCUCAUAAUUUCUGAACCAUUCUCUAGAAAGAUCUUUGAAAGCACAUUUCUAUACGUACUUCUAUCAAUUUCUUCCAAGACCAUUCCGGCAUAAUCUUACAAUUGUUUUGAUAUUAUUAAAAUCAUAAAUGUGGUUUUGCACCAUCCACAAUAUACCAAACUUCUUUGUUUUCCGGAUAAUCCACAAAUCAUGAAUAUGAUACCUUUUAUUGGAGAAAAUACGUCAUCGCUAAAUAAAAUCAGAAAUCUGUCGAAUUUUGUGGUAUACAGGUAUACAACCGUCUUGUGUUGUUUUGCAAAUUUGCAUCGGCAAGUGUUGAACAACACGCCAACGUCUCUAGCUAAACUUUCUAAUCUCGUGACGGUAUUGCUAAUUUUACAUACUUGGACAUUAAGUUCUUCAUAUAAUCUACUGUAUUAUUUCUUAUUAUAAGGAAAAGUGCUUCUUGCAAUUAAAGCAGAAAGAAGUAAGUAAAACCUAAAAUAUGUUUCCAGUUCCCGGAUUUCCGGAAAUAGCCAAU